UCCCGGCCCUGCGCGGCUGUAGCCCUGCUCCGGGUGUUCUCCUGCGGGUGCAGCUUCCGCCGUGGGAACGCUUGCUGGUGGAGCUGGGGGCCCGUGGGGAGGUCGGGCUGCGGUGGGGAGCGGAAGGGCUGGCUUCCCUUCUUCUUGUUUUUUCGGGGGAUUAGGCGGCGGCAUUCCAGCGGCACGGGUCUCGCCUCCGCCCCUCUCCUGAAGAGCUCUCUCUGGCCUUUGCCGCUCUGAAGAGAUCACUUUCUACUUAAAAAUGGCUGCUGAUACGUCUGUUGAAAUACUUCAGAAAGUUCUGGAGAAUGAAAUACUUCAGACUGCCAAGGUAGUGGAAGAACAUCUGGAUGCUGAAAUGCAGAAGCUUGACCAAAUGGAUGAAGAUGAGUUGGAACGCCUGAAACAAAGGAGACUUGAAGCACUGAAAAAGGCCCAGCAGCAGAAACAAGAGUGGCUUUCUAAAGGACAUGGAGAAUACAGAGAAAUCCCAAGUGAGAGAGACUUUUUCCAAGAAGUCAAGGAAAGUAAAAAUGUGGUUUGCCAUUUCUACAGAGAUACAACUUUCAGGUGUCAAAUAAUGGACAAGCAUUUGGCUGUACUGGCAAAAAAACACGUUGAGACAAAAUUCUUGAAGUUAAAUGCAGAAAAAUCUCCUUUCUUGUGUGAGAGAUUGCGCAUCAAAGUAAUUCCCACUGUAGCACUAAUAAAAGAUGGAAAAACGCAAGACUAUAUUGUUGGCUUUACUGAUCUUGGUAACACUGAUGACUUCACUACAGAGACCUUAGAGUGGAGAUUAGGCUGUGCAGACAUAAUUAAUUACAGUGGAAACUUGAUGGAGCCACCUUUUCAAAACCAAAAUAAAUUUGGAACAAGCUUUACGAAGUUGGAUAAGAAGACCAUCAGAGGGAAGAAAUAUGAUUCGGAUUCCGAUGAUGACUAGAACAGCUAAAUCUAUUUAUAAAUCAUGUUUUGUUUAUGCUUGGUACAUUUUUAAGAAUGAUUUUUAUAAACCUUAUUGCUUUUCAUUA